ACACUGGGCGAGCUGGGCCAGUCAGUUUGAGUAGCGCUUGUGUGCGUUGGGUCCGGGUUGGUGCGCACUAUAUUCAUCCAAAUAAACCACAACUUGAUUAUUUCAUGGAAGAUGAUCGUCCGGAACAGUUUGUGCUAGUUAACUGGCUACGUUAGUUUCAGUGGCUAUGCAGGCUCGUUACACAUUGGUUACACUACUAUGGUGGGCAAUGUUCCCAACCUUGUAUUUGUCACUGGCGACCUCUAGCGGUAAACUACAAUUUACAUCGAAGUGACGUACCACAGUGCGCUUGUCAUAUGACUAUCGAGGUCCAUACAAUUUUGGACAAUGCGGAUAUAGCAGAGACAAUCGAUCAGUUGAACAUGCGACUCAAUACUUGACGUGCACUUUAUGACAUGUCAAAUAUCCUGAUAAAAACUAGAUAGAAUGCCAUUGUCAACAGCACUCAUCCCUCUUGCUUUGUUCAUUGGAGUAGCAACACGAUCCAGAGGCAGUGAUGAGUGUAUGGCCCGUAACUUUGGCCAUGGCUCGGUGGUGUGUGAGUGUAACUCCACCCACUGUGACAGUAUUGGGUCGGACACACUACCUGUCUUGGGUCAGUUCCUGUCCUUCACCAGCAGUAAGGCUGGCAGCAGGCUGCAGAGAGGACAGGGACAGAAGAACAGCACUGGAGCAGUUCUCAGGCUGACUGUGGUUCCCUACCAGAAGUACCAGAGGAUCAGAGGGUUUGGAGGAGCCAUGACAGACUCAGCUGCCAUCAACAUCCUGUCUCUGUCCCCCAGAACACAGGACCAGCUACUACGACAGUACUUCUCUGCUCAGGGUAUUGGGUACAGUGUGGUGCGGGUGCCCAUUGCCAGCUGUGACUUCUCAACCCAUCUGUACACCUAUGCCGACUCACCUGGAGACUACAACCUGGACAACUUUACCUUAGCACCAGAGGACACUAACAUGAAGAUCCCCCUGCUGCAGCGAGCCCAGGCCCUGUCGCCCCGCCCCCUGUCUCUGCUGGCCAGUGCCUGGAGCGCCCCCGCAUGGUUGAAGACCAACGGUGCUCUCACUGGCAAGGGCUCUUUGAAGGGCCAGCCUGGGGGCAAGGAGCACAAGACCUGGGCUAAAUACUAUGUCAGGUUCCUGGAGGAGUAUGCCAAAUACAACCUAUCAUUCUGGGCCGUGACCACAGGCAACGAGCCCUCUGCUGGACAGAUGACCAACUACAGUUUCCAGGCUCUGGGCUUCACAGCAGAGGAGCAGAGGGAUUGGGUGGGCCUGGACCUAGGCCCCGCCCUGCACACCUCCACACACCCCCACACACACCUCCUCAUCCUGGACGACAACAGACUGCUACUGCCACACUGGGCUAAAGUGGUCCUCAGUGAUGUGCGUGCUGGCAGGUAUAUCCAUGGUGUUGGAGUCCACUGGUACCUGGACACUCUGGUGCCGGCAGAGCUCUCCCUGGGCACUACCCACCACCUGUACCCAGAAUACUACCUGUUUGGAACAGAGGCCUGCGCUGGCUGGAGCCCCACAGACAGAGGAGUACGGCUGGGUAGCUGGGAGAGAGCUGAGCAGUACGCACACAGCAUCAUACAGGACCUGAACCACUAUGUGGUGGGCUGGACAGACUGGAACCUGGCUCUGGACCAAGGAGGAGGGCCCAACUGGGUGAAGAACUUCGUGGACAGCCCCAUCAUCGUGGACCACAGCCGAGACAUCUUCUACAAACAGCCCACCUUCUAUAGCAUGGCCCACUUCAGUAAGUUCCUGUGGGAGGGGUCUCAGAGAGUGGGUGUGUCCUUCAGUCAGGAAACAAAACUGGAAAGCUCUGCCUUCGUCAGGCCAGACGGGUCAGUGGUGCUUACCAUCCUCAACAGGUCGUCGUCAGAGGUCCAGUUUGAGGUGUAUGAUCCUGCUGUGGGUUUCAUCUCCUCCAGUGCUCCAGCCCACUCCCUGCUCACACUCGCUUGGAACACACGCUGAUCACACUGGAAUGGAACACACACGUAUACACAGACAAACACACACUCUGACCGCACUGGAAUGGAACACACACGUAUACACAGACAAACACACACUCUGACCGCACUGGAAUGGAACACACACGUAUACACAGACAAACACACACUCUGACCGCACUGGAAUGGAACACACAUGUAUACACAGACAAACACACACUCUGACCGCACUGGAAUGGAACACACACGUAUACACAGACCUUUACUGCCAGGGCCAAAGCAUUGUCACAGUCGGCAUUACCCCUGUGCUACACUUCCAAAAAACAACCAAACAUUUGUCAUCUGUCAGCACCAUUAUCCCUCACUAGCAGGUCUGCUACAUUUCCACCAGCACACUCAACUCCCACCACCAUCCAAAGCCCAAUGUGCUGCCUCAUAACAGCCUGACUGGUCACAGCAUACCUGAUAACCCUGCAGCAUCGUGGGCUCUGCCAUUUCUUUGAUCAGAGCUUGAAAUGUGUGUGUGGUUUAGCCAAUACAGCCAAAUAUGUUGUGUGUUCCUAUGUAUGCUGUGACUAUCUGCACUGAUCCUCAUCACGCUGGGAAAAGCUCUGGAAUGUGUGAAUAUAGCAUGUGAUCAAACCAGGGCCAGGUACACUACUAUGAUCAGACACUGCUGCUGCUUGAGAAGGUCUGACCAUUACACCGGUCUGCUAACAACUGUUUCUAAACUGAAAUCUGGUUAAUAACGGUGUGAACAUAGUUUAUAAAAGAGAUCAUGUAAAUUAAUAAUGUACCCUCUGUAUUAAUGCCAUUUAAAACCAUUUGCCUUUUGAAUUUGAAUAAAUGAUUUGUCUCUAUUACGUCUUCA